AUGUGUAUUAAUAUGAUCCCCAGAAAAGCGGCCAGCCCGACGCCUAAGCCCGCCAACCCCGGCUCGACAUGUUUCACAGCCAGCAGGCUCAAUAGCACCACAUUCCAGAUCGUCGAAGACGACAAGUUUCUCGAGAUGCCUAUAAUAUACGCCAAGAUAUACCCAUCUGUCUUUGUGCUCAUGGACACUGGGUGCGGUGGCGCGGCGCGCGACCCUAGCGUCGAGCUCAGGUCGCUACGUAGUUUCCUCGAGACGGUUCCCGUGAGAGACAAUGGCGAAACUCCACUCAACUCUGGUGGGCAGAGAAAGUACCUUGUUAUUUGCACCCAUUGUCACUUUGAUCAUAUUAGCGGCAUCGAGCAGUUUGUCGAGACGGACGGUAGUACCGUCUGGGCGAGCGACUAUGACAAAGACUACCUCAGCCCUGCCCGACUACCAAGCACGUCCCUCUGUGACAAACUCGAUAUUAAAACACCAGAAUACACAAUCACCAAUUGGUGCAGCGACGGCCAGCAGGUGAUUGAUAGCGCUGGGCACGACCUCGGCCUGACAAUGUACCACACACCCGGCCACACGCCCGACGAAGUUGCCAUAUGGGACUCAUACGAGAGAGUACUAUUCGUCGGCGACUCUCUGUAUCAGUACGCGCCCAUCUUUUUUUUUGAGACACAGAGCGUCAUCAGGUACAGUGAGUCGAUCGGUAAAAUGAGGCAGCUCAUCAGACGAUUCAAUGCCGAGACAGACGCGGCUGGUUUCCUGGCCGAGGUAGACGCAUUCCUAUAUCAAGUCGUGACCGGGCAGGUCGAGCGUAAGGGCUCGUCCGACAUGUCCGGACAUCCAAGGGACAGCUACUCGAGAAAGGACGGCGGUCUUGAGUUUCAGGGGCGUAGAGAGUAUUUUGAAGAGUUUACGGCGAGUAAGGAGGCUAUGCAUUCCAUCCGGGAGCGCCAAAUUGUGGAAGAGACAAACUGA